UCUUUCCCAAGUGUCGUUGCGGAUAUUUCACCAUCGGAGUAUUUUUCUUGUGGCACACAGGUCUUGGUUUUGGAUUCAUCCAACAUGUCUAGCUCUUACAGAAUCAGGAUCCAGGAUUUCAAGGUGGCCUUGAGUGAAGAGAAGCUGGACUUAAAGGUGCUUCGGGAACUUUGCUUCAGCGGUAUCCCGUUUGAAGGCGGCAUCCGUGCACUUUGCUGGAAAGUCCUGCUCAAUUACCUGCCUUUGGACCAGAUGAUAUGGGACUCCUUCCUCAAAAAGCAGAGGGAGGUGUAUUCCCAGUUCCUAAAGGAGAUGAUCAUCCAGCCAGGCAUCGCUAAGGCCAACCUGGGCCUCUCCAGAGAGGACGUGACUAUGGAGGACCACCCUCUCAACCCCAACCCAGACAGCAAGUGGAACAACUACUUCAGAGAUAACGAGGUGCUGCUACAGAUUGAUAAAGAUGUCCGGCGCUUGUACCCCGACAUGGCGUUCUUCCAGCGGCCCACAGACUACCCCUGCCAGCUGAUCCUGGAUCCCCAGAACGACUACGAGACACUCAGGCGCCGUGUGGAACAGACUACCCUCAAGGCCCAAACUGUGGACCGCAACCGCAGCGGGGUCACCAAUGUGAGCUCCCCGGGCAAGGCCCUUAACCUGUACCCGUCCAACGAGUACGAGGUGCUGCCCAGCGGCUGCGAGGCACACUGGGAGGUGGUGGAGCGAAUCCUGUUCAUCUAUGCCAAGCUCAACCCGGGAAUCGCCUACGUGCAGGGCAUGAACGAGGUGGUGGGCCCUAUCUACUACACCUUUGCCACGGACCCCAACAACGAGUGGAAAGAGCACGCCGAGGCAGACACCUUCUUCUGCUUCACCAACCUGAUGUCAGAGAACCGGGACAUGUUCAUCAAGAGCCUGGACGACUCGCAGUGCGGCAUCACCUACAAGAUGGAGAGCGUCUACUCCAUGCUCAAAGAGAAGGACAUGGACCUCUAUAUGAAACUGCAGGAGCAGAACAUCAAGCCGCAGUACUUCACCUUCCGCUGGCUGACCCUGCUGCUGUCCCAGGAGUUCCUCCUGCCCGACGUCAUCCGCAUCUGGGACACGCUCUUCUCCGACCAGGACCGCUUCGACUUCCUCAUCCUGGUCUGCUGCGCCAUGCUCGUACUGAUUCGAGAUCAGUUGCUGGCAGGAGACUUCACGGUCAACAUGAGACUGCUGCAGGACUACCCCAUCUCAGAUGUCCACACCAUCCUGGCCAAGGCCAAGGAGCUUCAGGGUGGCUCAUAGCCACCCCUCCCCCUAUCUCCCUCUCCUGGAUUUGGGGGAUGCACCAUUGAAACUGGUAACCCUAGGUGACAACAAGGCCCCAUUGCACCCUGGGAGGGAGAGGAAGCCAUCUGGUGCCGGGGUGCUGCACGGUUGGUCAAAGCAACCAAACUCGAUACUUAGACUUCUUGUCUCACUCUCACAGCCCGACAGUAUUUCCACUCUCUCAGAGAGGGUGUGUGGGCUCAAGCUAUUUAUUUUUGCACUGAACACUUGAAAAAAUGACAAUCUACAUAUAUGAAGCAGAGAAACCAGUUACCCAUACAACAGCGUCAUUAUAAAGUUUGUCAGUGCUAUUAUAACACUCCUAGGUUAUUUUCAAACUAAGGUUGUUUUUUUUUCAGUUUGUUUAUUUUUUACAUGUGAACAUGGUUCUUUUUUAUUGUGGCGCUCGUACGAAAGACGUAAUAUAAUACUACCGUGUAAAAUCUAACCACAACAAAAAUUAAGUAUAGAUUGUUACUAUGAUCGUAUGGCUUUGGUAAUGGGCAAUUGAAACGUGAAGGUCCUCUCUGUUUGUUUUCAGUUAAACUCAGUCUGGCCAGUUUAAAGCCAGCCAGUUGUGUCCUCUCUCUUGAACUUCCAAUAUUAAUGUAUGUUUGCGAAUGUUGGUAUCAAAUGAAUGGGGUGUGAAACCUGUACCUUACUCACUAACCCUAAGUGCAUGCUUAUACGUUAGCCCAAAAGCGAAUGAAGCAACAGGCAGGAAGGAAAUGCUAAAUUAACCCUUUGAUUGUCUUAAAUCUAGCCUUAGGGGGAAAUUGAUAUGAUGAUGAUGAUGGUCUAUUUUAUUGUAAGGGCAUUACUUUGCAAACAAAACAGUCAGAUUAAAUUGGGCAUUCAAGUUUUUAAUAUAUUUUGAGUAAUUUCUUAAUAUAUUUUUAGUCAUUUCUGGUCGCAUUAAAAUAGUGGUUCACAUGUAAGGCAUAAUAAAUGGAACAUUAAUGACAUGUUAAGUGAGGAAUAACACAUUUUGCUCUGCAUACGGUUGGAUAAUUAGAGAGAACAAAUUAUUUGAUAAUAAUAAUUAAAUAUGUAUAAUUAAUGACAUUAAAAUGCUAUGAUAACGUUUCUGUAUUCAGAUAAUGGAAUUGACAGAUAACAGAGUUGACAACUGAAAAUCACUAACAUUUAAUGUGUUACUGUUUUUUAUCUCAAAACGCUAACAGUUACCACAAAGUUACUGCACCAUUGAAAUGUACCUUUUCAAACCGUAGGACCUAGAUAAUAAUGUGAUACUUCGUUAAGUACACAGAGAAUGGCUUGCUUUGUAAUGACAAUUGAAUCAUUAUUGUGACAAUGAUACAGCUCAUGAAACAGUUACCUUUUUACUGUUUGCGUUUCAGUUUUAUUGGCACUCUCUAGUAUCGCCAUCCAUUUCGGUCUACAGUACAUUCGGAAAGUAUUCAGACCCCUUAACUUUUUCCACAUUUUGUUACAUUCAAACCUUAUUCUAAAAUUGAUUAAAUGUUUUUUUUCCUCAAUCUACACACAAUACCCCAUAAUGACAAAGCAAAAACAGGGUUUUAGAAAUGUUUGCAAAUACAUGUAUUUAAUCACAUUUACAUAACUAUUCAGAUCCUUUUCUCAGUACUUUGUUGAAGCACCUUUGGCAGUGAUUACAGCCUUCUCUUCUUGGGUAUGAUGCUACAAGCUUGGCACACAUGUAUUUGGGGAGUUUCUCACAUUCUUCUCUGCAGAUCCUCUCAGGCUCUGUCAGAUUGGAUGGGGAGCGUUGCUGCAUAGCUAUUUUCAGGUCUCUCCAGAGAUGUUCGAUCGGGUUCAAGUCCGGCCUCUGGCUGGGCCACUCAAGGACAUUCAGAGACUUGUCCCUAAGCCACUACUGCCUCGUCUUGGCUGUGUGAUUAGGGUCAUUGUCCUGAUGGAAGGUGAACGUUCAGCCCAGUCUGAGGUGCUGAGCGCUCUGGAGCAGGUUUUCAUCAAGGAUCUCUCUGUACUUUGCACCGUUCAUCUUUGCCUCGAUCCUGACUAGUCGGUCCCUGCUGCUGAAAAACAUCCCCACAGCAUUAUGCUGCCACUACCAUGCUCACUACCAUGCUUCACCGUAGGGAUGAUGCCAGGUUUCCUCCAGAUGUGAUGCUUGGCAAAGAGUUCAGUCUUGGUUUCAUCAGACCAGAGAAUCUUGUUUCUGAGAGUCUUUAGGUGCCUUUUGGUAAACUCCAAGCAGGCUGUUGUGCCUUUUACUAAGUGGCUUCCCUCUGGCCGCUCUAUCAAAUAUAAUACAAUUUAUUUAUAUAGCCCUUCUUACAUCAGCUGAUAUCUCGAAGUGCUGUACAGAAACCCAGCGUAAAACCCCAAACAGCAAGUAAUGCAGGUGUAGAAGCACGGUGGCUAGGAAAAACUCCCUAGAAAGGCCAAAACCUAGGAAGAAACUUAGAGAGGAACCAGGCUAUGAGGUGUGGCCAGUCCUCUUCUGGCUGUGCCGGGUGGAGAUUAUAACAGAACAUGGCCGAGAUGUUCAUAAAUGACCAGCAUGGUCAAAUAAUAAUAUUCACAGUAGUUGUCGAGGGUGCAACAAGUCAGAACCUCAGGAGUAAAUGUCAGUUGGCUUUUCAUAGCCGAUCAUUGAGAGUAUCUAUACUGCUCCUGCUGUCUCUAGAGAGUUGAAAACAGCAGGUCUGGGACAGGUAGCACCUCCGGUGAACAGGUCAGGGUUCCAUAGCCGCAGGGAGAACAGUUGAAACUGGAGCAGCAGCACGGCCAGGUGUACUGGGGACAGCAAGGAGUUAUCAUGCCAGGUAGUCCUGAGGCAUGGUCCGAGGGCUCAGGUCCUCCGAGAGAGAGAGAGAAUUAGAGAGAACAUACUUAAAUUCACACAGGACACCGGAUAAGACAGGAGAAGUACUCCAGAUAUAACAGACUGACCCUAGCAUCCCGACACACAAACUACUGCAGCAUAAAUACUGGAGGCUGAGACAGGAGGGGUCAGGAGAUACUGUGGCCCCAUCUGAUGAUACCCCCGGACAGGGCCAAACAGGCAGGAUAUAACCCCACCCACUUUGCCAAAGCACAGCCCCCACGCCACUAGAGGGAUAUCUUCAACCACCAACUUACCAUUCUGAGACAAGGCCGAGUAUAGCCCACAAAGCUCUACCAUAAAGGCCUGAUUGGUGGAGUGCUGCAGAGAUGGUUGUCCUUCUGGAAGGUUAUCCCAUCUCCAGAGAGGAACUCUAGACCUCUGUCAGAGUGACCAUCGGGUUCUUGGUUAUCUCCCUGUCCAAGUCCCUUCUCCCCCGAUUGCUCAGUUUGGCCGGGCGGACAGCUCUAGGAAGAGUCUUGGUGGUCAAACUUCUUCCGUUUUAAGAAUGAUGGAAGUCACUGUGUUCUUGGGGACCUUCAAUGCUGCAGACAUUUUUUUGGUACCCUUCCCUAGAUCAGUGCCUCGACACAAUCCUGUCUCAGAGCUCUGUGGACAAUUCUUUCGACCUCAUGGCUUGGCUUUUGCUCUGACAUUCACUGUCAACUGUGGGACCACAGGUGUGUGCCUUUUCAAAUCAUAUCCAAUCAAUUGAAUUUACCACAGGUGGACUCCAAUCAAGUUGUAGAAACAUCUCAAGGAUGAUCAAUAGAAACAGGAUUUCAAGUCUCAUAGCGAAGUGGCUGAAUUAUUAAGUAAAUAAUGUAUUAGUUUUUUUAUUUUUAAUAAAUUUGCAAAAAAUUCUAAACCUGUUUUAGACUUUGUCAUUAUGGGGUAUUGUGUGUAGAUUGCUGAGGAUUUAUUUUUAUUUAAUCCAUUUUUAGAAUAAGGCUGUAACGUCACAAGAUGUGGAAAAAGUCAAGGGAUUUGAAUACUUUCCGAUGGCACUAUACAUUCUAACACUAUUUCAUUGGCAAGAUGGUAUCCUCCAACUGACAAAUCCCCUAGGCAGGAAUUGGUCCAAAUUAACAGUCUGUGACUAACUAUAAUUCAAUGUAGCAGUAUUGUACUAAAGUGAGGUACUAAGGGAUACUACACUACAUGACCAAAAGUAUGUGGACACCUGGUCGUCGAACAUCUCAUUCCAAAAUCAUGGGUAUUAAUAUGGAGUUGGCUUCCCCUUUGCUGAGAGUGGCUUUCAGUGUUGUGUUGGAUUUUCCCCAAACAUUACUCUUUGUAUUCAGAACAAAAAGUGAAUUUCUUUACCAUAUUUAUUGCAGCAUUACUUAAGUGCCUUGUUGCAAACAAGAUACAUGUUUUGGGAUAUUUUUAUUCUGUACAGGCUUCCUUAUUUUCACUCUGUCAUUUUGGUUAGUAUUGUGGAGUAACUACAAUGUUGUUGAUCCAUCCUCUGUUUUCUCCUAUCACAGCCAUUACAUUCUGUAACUGUUUUAAAAUCCCCAUUGGCCUCAUGGUGAAAUCCCUGAGCAGUUUCCUUCCUCUCCGGCAACUGAGCUAGGAAGGACGCCUGUAUCUUUGUAUUGACUGGGUGUAUUGAUACACCAUCCAAAGCUUAAUAACUUCACCAUGCUUAAAGGGAAAUUCAGCAUCUGGUUAUUUAUUUAGAUUUUUUAUGUCAAUUGGAGCCCAGUUUUGCGAGGCACUGAAAAACCUCCCCGGUCUUUGUGGUUGAGUGUGUGCUUGAAAUGAACUACUCGAUUUGAGGGGCCUUGCAAUUAAUUGUAUGUGUGGGGUACAGAAAUUAGGUAGUCACUCAAAAAUUAUGUUAACCACUGUUAUUGCACACAGUGAGUCCAUGCUACUUAUUAUGUGAUUUGUUAAGCACACAUUUACUCCUGACUUAUUUAGGCUUGCUGUAACAAAGGGGUUGAAUACCUAUUGACUCAAGACAUUUCAGCUUUUCAUUUUGUGUGGAUCAGUGACACAAAAUCUAAAUGUAAUCUGUUUUAAAUUCAGGCUGUCAAGCAAAACAAGGUUGACAAAGUAAAGGGCUGUGCAUACUUUCUGAAUGUGUUGUGUAUAUAAACAGUGAUACAUUCCCCCUUGGAGAUUCACCAAUGACAAAGAAGGAUAGUCUCAUCUUCCUGUAAUUCACAAACGUCUGUUGUCAACGAGUAAUGAUUUAUCGUUCUCCAUCUUUUUCUCAUUCUUGUCUUGCUCAAUUGUGAUUUAUUUGUUUUCCUUUUUUUUCCCCUUCUUUCAUCAUUCCCUUGGCUCUCGCCUUUCUGGACUUCAAACAAAAUCUGUUUUACAGCAAUAUGGAGACUGUUUCAAAAGGCAGCUCGCGGCUUCUGGUCUCUCAUCUCUGCCAACCAUUUGAUGGGAGCCAGUAUAGCCUAUAUGUGGCAAAAAGCUCCUAUAAUUGUGGAAUAACAGGGCUAGAGAGGGAGAGUAUGCAUAGUCGAUACAAAGUAUAAGAAUAGCAGAAAAGUGGGUUAGGAAAAGCAGAACACUAGUAGUUCAACCAUUUUCAAAGUUGGUUUUGGUUUUUGGGAGUAAUUUGCUCUCACAAUAAAAAUUAUUUUAAAAAAGCCAUGUGAACUUUGUCCAUCUGGUUCUUGGUAAUGGGCAUCAUGACAUUAUGGCCCAUUUUCAGACAACUGACCAGUCAGAAAGUUCAGCUGCUCUCCUGCUAACUUUAAAAUCCUUUACAUAAGAGAAGCGCCACCAGUCAAAAGGGUGUCCAGUGAAAAACCGUGGCAACCUUUUAUUUUUGUUUACAGUCAUGAUCAUUCUGAUUGGUUGACUGACACAAAAUGGCCACUCCUCUCACCCAACAACAAGAUUUAUCAGAGUGCAUUGUGGUUAGUUGGUGACCAUGGUGGAUAGCAGCAUGGCAUUGUGGCAUGUGUCUACUUGCCUGGCACAACCAAUGUUUCUGUACAAACGCCUUCCUCCCAUCCCUUCCGUUUAAUAGCUAGUGAAAUUGGAGAGACUGGCGAAGAGAGGGACGUCAUGUUUAGAUUGAUCAUUUGUGCUUGAAGUGCUCUUAGCUAAGGGAGACUUAAUCCCAGCUGCAUUUUCUCUGGCGAACUGGAGGGAUUGGCUGAGUUGAAUCCCUUCCUUGCCAUGUAAUGUCUUUUUUCCUUAUCCUGGUCGGUGAACAGACCGGAUAGGUUUCCACAAUAUUGUUUCUUCUGAGAAGUCCUCAGAUCAGCGUACAUGAAGGAAAUGAGAUAAAGGAAGCAAGUGAACAAAGGAAGUGGUUUAAGACCCUCAAAUUGUUGUAGAGGAAUUUAUUGAAGGGCAAAGAAAGUCAACAGUCAUUAUGUUUGGUUCAGCAUUAUUCCUUUUCUGUCCUUAUCUCCUACCUCGUCUGUGUUCACAGAGCUGAAAGGACAAAACCAUGAAUUUCAAUUCACUCAAUUCAAAAACGCAUGCAGGCUCUUGUAAACUUGUAGCAGUACUUAUUUGUUGCUUCUUUUUUUGUUGUUGCUCAUCUCACAUGUGCCUGAACAAAAAGUGCAAGAGAAUGAUUUUUAGUCUUCUUUUUUUUUCUUUUUUUUAAGGAGGCGGGUAGGUUGAGUGAGAAAGUGAGUCGGAAUGAAUGUCUAGCAUAUAAAUACGUUCUUCUUGAUUGUCUAACUUGUUUUGUAUUUGUGUGGUGGAAAACACCAGCGUCUCUGGUUACUUAUCACCAAGCUUUACUCUGUCUCUUUCUAAGAAUUAUUUUUAUUGCUGCCAUGUUAUAAAUAUGAGCCUUGGACAUCAUUGGAUGAAGGGAUGUCGUAAACUGAAGUAGCUUUUUCAACCAGGGAUCAGAAGCUUCCACCCCUGAUAACAAGUGUUUGUUCUUUUGUGUGUCUGUAAGACAUUUCUCCCAAAAAUUUCUUGCAUGAUUAUACAUUUUUGUAUGGGUGUGGAAAUUCUAUACAUGUUUUUACAGUGUUUGCAAAUGCACAAUAAAUAUUGAAUUUACGGUUUAUUAAAUAAAAUAUUUGUGAGGUG